AUGUGGCCCCUGCGGAGAGUGGACCCCUGCAGGGGUAGCCGCAGAACGUUCAGCAACACAGGAGAGUAUUCCUCUAGCAUCAGCCGAAUCUUUAACAAGCUUAAUCAGCAGCUGAAUGAGGAGCUGAAUGAGAGGUGCCCCAAAGGAGGAGGGGGAGACAACCCUCUCGAGGGACACAAAUGGCCACGUAACAGUGGAGGACUUCCCCCGGACGCCAUUGUCAAACAGUUCGAAGGAGCAAUAACUAAAAUGGACCUGAGUAGAAUGCUGGGACGGGACCUCUCUUAUUGCAUGAAUAUUGUGGCCAAGAUGGACUACUUCAGAGGGCACCCUUUUUGGGUCAAGGCAUGUAACCGGUUGGUGAAGGGACACAUGCUUCACAGGAUAAACACGCAAAGUUACUUUAUUAUGGCUAAUUCGUUAAGUAAAGUGGAUCUGCUCUUUGGUGGUGAUGUGCAGCAAAGACAUGCACACACGUCAGAUCGACUGAAUGCAGAAGGGGCAGGAUCUCCUUUGCGUUGCUCCUCCCCAUUUCAGUUCAUCUCUUACGAUGGUGACGUCACAGUGCAGAGGAAGGACAGAACAGAUGGAAGGAGUUACCACCAAGUUUACAACGAGAUAGCUAUCAGAUUUCUCCUCAACUUGGAGUUUAUGAAUUUGAAUUCUAUAAGCUGUGUAUUAAAUAUGUUUGCCAAGCUGAGCUUAAGGGAGUACAAUCUGCUGGGUUACUACUUAGCUGAUUAUAUUGUGUUGGGACAGUUGAGGAGGGUUAUUGGGGAGGGGAGUAGCGCUCUGGGGGGGACUCAGUCCUAUUCAAAUGGAGGUACGUCCACGAUGCUAAGUAAUGUUAGAAGUUCUUCAAACGCUAGUGAGGGGAAAUCUUUAUUGCAUGUAGACCGAUACAGCGUCUCCAAGCUUGUAAUCAUUUUGCACGCACUGGCAAAAUUGGGUGUGGCACAUGUAGAGUUUGUCUCUCUCUGUUGUUUUGUUUUAAGAGAACAUCUGAUGGUGUUGAAUGGGUUAGACAUCUGCAACUUAAUGUAUUCAUUUUCAAAAAUGAUUUCUUUGUGGAGUGGGAGGAAGAAGUAUGAUCGGGUUAGUCUACUUAGAAGAGUUACAAGCCAAGCGUUCCAGUCCUACCUCCACUCAGUAAUGAAAUCGACAGAGGUGUACACACCCCGUUACGGAAGCACCAAUGGGGUUCAUAAUACGUAUGACUCAUUGUUACGUAACAAUGUGGAAGGGCAAUUGAAGCAGUUGUAUAGUCAGGUCGAAGGAGAGGUAGUUAAACUGGCAACGCAGAUUGGCUCAUUGGUGAAGAGGGAACAUGUCCUUGGUAAAUUCACAGCUGUGCAAAUUUCAUCUCUAGCACUUUCGCUGGGAAAAUUGGAGCUGAACUUUUACGGAACUUUUUACGCCAUGAAUAGGAAGGUCCACCAUCUGUGGAAGGACUUUUCCCUGCAGAGCAUUGCAGACUUUCUAUUCGGAAUGAACGAGAAGAAUAUUUCAGAUGAGCAGGUCACUCUACUUUUGUGUUACCAGUUUGUGCGUCUGGUUUAUACCAAAUAUUGUUCGUCUUCCUUCAUGAACAAACAGGACACCUUUUCGCAAAAUCACCUGAACGUGGUCAGGCAGAAUAGGGAAAAUAUUUACUUCUUUGAAAAGACGCACAAGAGGGUACAUUUUUUAGACGCAAAGGAUUGCUCUCUUGUGGUUCGCAUUUUUCAAUCCCUGUCCAAAUCGGAGGUGCUGGUUGGUGGCGGCGCAGUUGCCUUUGCCAACCCCCCGGGGGUCUGCUUCCCCUACGAUGUGUGCGCGUUGGGUGGGCGCAGCGGAAAAUUGAAUGGGAGUUCGAAUGACCAUCGGGGUGAUAAGUUGAUUUGUUCCCCCCAUGGGCACACUGGAGAAGACCCCCGUUCCUACGCAGAAGACGUGGAAAACACCCCCUGGAAGAAACUGAACGAGUACCCAAAUGGGGCCAACGCAACCUUUAGCUCUUUUGAGGCCAGUGCCCAUUUGAUCAGGUUCCACACGAUACGUACCUUGCACCACGUUAUUAAUCAACAUGUGGAUUUACUUCCCUUCGAGAGCAAGUGCAUGUUGUGUUACUUCUCUCUGCACGUGCUGGACUUUAUGUUUCCCAUGGGAGGGUAUGCACAGUUGGAUGGAUAUCCCUUCGGGGCAUCUGUUCCCCCAAAUGGUAGCUCAUUUCACCUGUACAGGUCAGGCAGAAUGAAAGUCCCAAAAUUCCCCGAGAGAAGCAUUUUAUCCCAUAUAAGUAGAAGUCUCUUCGCAAGAUUGUUGUUUCACGUGUGGGAAUCUAUGGAUCAUAAUUCGCUUAGUGAAGUUACCAUGCGACAGAUUCAUAUUUGCAUUUUGAGCUUUUACCUGGACGUUAUGAGGUUGCCUCCAACUGGGUGGGCCCACCCAUGUGUGGACACGCGCCAUAGAGGAGAUGCUCAUGCUGCCUGCCCGCCAGACGAGAUGCCCAGUUCGAUUUGUGUGACCUCAUCGGAGGGGAUCAGUACGAAUAUAUCACUGGAGAAGAAUUUUCCUGUCAAGUGCGGUGACGACAUAUUUCUUUACUUCUCCAAGGGAAACCUCAAUAAAUUGAACGCCUUUUUGGACUUCGCUAGGGUGCGAAGCUUCCAGCAGAAGGAAAUGACCCUGACAUCGAGAACGCAUGCUGAGGUGUACAACUGCCUGCAGAGCGUGAUCGACGACCUGAACGGAUCAGGACAAAGGCGGCUGUUGCACAGCUCCGAGGAUUGUGUACUUGAACCGGAGGAGUGUGAAGGGAGGAAGCACGCCUUAACAACAUGA